AUGGUAGACGAAAAUGAGUUGAAAACAGAGUUGAAAACCGAAUUGAACAAGUGCAGGAAACGGUUUAAGGGAGUGGAAAAUUUUCUUCGGCGAGUCGCUUUUAAUUUAGGUAACACGCCAUCACAAACGGAAGUUAAAAUUAUUUCGUGUAUACCAAUUGAUGUAACGGACCUACAACAGAAAAUUAUUCAACUCGAACGGCAACUAGAAGAUGUUAGAAACGCAAAACAAAAUUUCAAAGAAGAUACAGUUAGUGUAACAACGGCUAGGAGCACUAAAAGUGCAAAAGAUAAUGGAAAUGAAAAUAAAAGAAGAAAUACAAAAGAAGACAUUAAGAAUGUGAAUGGAGAAAUGGUAGAAGUUAAAGAUAAAUUAAGGAAGAGUUCCAAAGGCGAAAAUAAUGCUAAAGAUUCGAAUUUACCUCCGAACGCUACAUCUGUCCAUACUGCAUUUUGCAGACAAAAUUUUUCAAGGUUACAUGGCACAACUGAUUCCACUGGAAGUGAACUCCCAGAGGAUUCUCUCACAUCACGAUUUAAUGGCUCAUCAUCCUUUCAAAAAUACUCAACUGCAUCUUCUAUGUUCCCUACAACUUCAGCUAUACCCAACGGAUACAAAUUGAAAGACAAUUCUAAAAUGACAGGAGAACAUUGGUCACCGAAAGAUCUAAGGAAUUUAUUUUCCAAAAUGAAAAAACCGCGCAAAAAUAAAACCCAUUUUGUUUAUUAUGCCCAAACUGAUCGUACGCCUUUUAAUAAUUACGAGAUGACACCUGACUCUUUAUCUAAUUAUCACGAAGUUUUAGGUCAUCACUAUUUGUCAGAAGUUAUUAAAAAGCAGUACCAACCGGUUCCUGUUAAAGAUUAUAUGUCUGACGGAAGUAAAUAUACGUCACCAAUAUGCAGGGAUGAAUAUCUGAGUCCUGAUUCCUGUCCUUACGAAACUGAUAUUUGCUCUUGUUUCCAAGGCAUGUUUUAUAAUGUUGAUAACUACUUAUUAGACAAUGAUAUGGAGCCAACACAGUUGAAGGUUAAUUAUAGUAAUAUCUACAACGACUCUAGUCUUUACGAUGUAAUCCCUGUUAAAGAAAAACAAUUUAACACUUUUGCUAAUAACAGUCCAAAAGAAAAGAAGUCUGAAAUCGUAAUGAAAUGUUGGCCUGAAACCGUUCGAGUCAAACCUCAUCCUCAACAUGUUAUUGUAAAUUAUCAUACUGAAGCUCGUUGUAAAGAAAAUCACAUAAAUACUAGAUCUCGCAGAUCAAACAAUCUUAUUAGGCAAAGGCAUAAACGUAACAAAAAACAAUUUAGAGAACAAAAAACCGGAAUGUCAUCUAAUAGUUACAGCGUUGAUUUGAGUCAAGUCUACACAAAAAUUAUACCUAAAACAAAAAACGCGCAAACAAGUGGAAUUAUAAAACAACCUUUACUUCAGCAUUCUAAGUGUUUGAAUGCACCUAUAAAUAAUGUCCAGCCACAGGUUUUGACAAAAAUAAUUGGACAAGAAAAUAAAACACAAGUGACUUUGGGCCAAAUUAAAAAUAUUUUACAGACCGUACUGACGGAAGUCAGAGAAAGUACCAUGAAAAAUGUUGAAGAAAAAACCAAAAAGGAUGCCACGGUUCAAAAAGGAUCAUCUCAAUCAAACAUGCGAGAAGGAUCUAGUCUCUUAAAUAGUUUUACAUACAGUCCUUUUAAUAUGAGUCCGUAUCCGCCGACCUGUUCAAGGCAAAUGGCUUCUAACUUAUGCUGCUACCCUGGACACUCACCCAUGCACAACUAUCCAUUAAUCAUACAAACCCCAGGUCGCCAUCUUUGCAGUAGUUGCUUCAAAAAUUCACAUUACAAGCCCACUGGAAAGACUAUGCCAACUAACAGUGAUAAAUUGAAAGAACAACGUUACAAGGAAACUGAUAAACUCAUUAGGGAGAUAUAUAAAUCAGUCGCUUUAGAUAUACCAACUAAAGACACAUCAUUGAGUGAAUACAAUAUCGCGUCAUCGAAUAAUGAAAAAGAAGCUGAUUUAAAAAUAAUAAAGAUUGAAGACAAAAAAAUUGUGGACGUAGUUUCGGAGAUUUUCCGCAAUAGAAACAUUAACACUGACACCUCAGAAUCAAACGCAGUAAGCACCACCGUUCACGACGAUUCCGUUGGCAGAAAUAGUAAAUUAAGCACUAUUCAUUCAAAUAAUACUCAGACGGAUUUUCCCAAAGAAGAUAAAAAUAUUCAAUUGUCAAUGGACACCGGAUCUGAUACCGCUGUAGAAUCCAAUCCUAAGACUGUGGAUAAAGGAGAUAAUAAGAGAAUAUUUCGUUCAGGAGAUGAUUGUGAUGAAGUUUCUAGUAGUGAAACAGACAGUGAUACUGUGGUUCCGAUGCAAAAAACUAAGGUAAAGAAAAAGACUGGUAUCUUUAGUAAAAUGAUGAACAUGUUCAACAAGAAAAAAACAGACGAUAAGAUCAAAGCUCAAAGUGAAACAGAAUCAAGCGAUUCAGACGAUUAUCAAACUGUAUAUAGUCACAAAGACGAAAAACCAAGGCGCACACAAAGACGUGUAAUCCAAAUUUCAAAACAACCACAUUCGAAAAUAGUACGACCGAAGCGUUCUAGAAACUUCGCUGAAAAUAAAAACAAACGAAAGCCUUAUAUGGAACAAGAGUACCGCAGGCGGUGGAACGAAAAAAUUAUGUUUGAAAACGAAAAAAUAAGACACUCGUCCGAACAGCCAUUUUGGUGGGAAACUACGAAACGACCUAAAUACGAGCCUAUUUAUCGUCAAAACGUCGAGGCUAGAAGCGUUUUUGUUGAGCCUGUCAUAAGUCCGAGACAUUUUGGGGCACCUCACAGAUUUACCACAUAUACAACUCCGAACGCAAUAAAUUGUAAACCAUUUAGGCCGUAUGCUGCAGACUACUUUAAUAUCCCCACUCGGCAACAUACUCAGCAACAUCCGUUUCGUAGCAUAACGAGAUUUAAUGAUGGUAUUGUGAGAACUCCAUACGUAUCCACGAAUAAUAGAGAUUUAACGAAACCGAAUUUUGAUCAAUCGGAGAAAAUCAAACCUGGCGUGGGUUUGAAAAAGUAUUAUGAGGAAAGGAAACCUUCGAAAGGGUUGUCGUGGUUGAAAAAAUAUAAUAUGGGGAUUCGCUGCGGUGAUCAAUGGAAGAAAUUCAUUCUUGAAAGUUGA